AGGCUACCACACCCCUAAUAGAUAUUAAUUAAAACCGGGCCCUUGUACUAAAUCACGUCCGGGCAGUAAUGGACUGCGAGCUGCGAUUCACUGAAAGAGAUGGCCUUCCUUAAGGUACCGCAUUGUUUUACUCCCGACGCAGAAAGAGGGGUGUCAUAUGUUUAACGCCAAUGUCUGUCUGUCUGUCGGACCUAAACCUGAAGAACUUGGCAGUUCCAUUGCUAUCGUUACUAAGGGCCAAAAUUGGGUUUACCCGGUUUUGGACUAGAUAUGAGGUAAAACCGACUAAAAUAAAAAUUUCAAAUUGAUUGUGUUUUCUACGUGUGGACGUGUGAUAAUGAAAAUAGUGAUCUCCCUUAAUAAAUAUAUUGUUAAUUAAGUUCGCAGAUUUUUCUAAAAGUAUGUUUAAUGUUUUUUUAUUUAACAUUUCCCUUAUGGUCCCGGUUUUACUUCACUUUCCUCUAGUAUGUUUCAACUUCAAGUUAUGAACUAACACUGGCGAUAAACUGUGACAAUUAUAAAAGUGUUGCGGCAGAUAUCUAGACCGUUUCCGCUGAGGACUGCCUCCGUUCAGAACUAUUCCGAUAUACACAUGAUAUAUACAUAUGUAUACUAGCUGGAGCCAACUGCGAUGCAGUAAGGAACUCUGAAGAUGAUGUAACCGUUAGGUUAUGUUAGUUAUGUUAUUAUGAAUUAUUGUGUUGAGUUGCGAGAUAAAAAAAAUAGGCAAUGAUUUCUUAUGCAAGCUUUAAUUGCUCGAACCAACCUUUCGAACUGGUAACACAAACUGUAUUUGUAACAAUUAUGGGUUAUAAAGAUUCUACAUCCAGCUGUUUAAUAUUGGUUAUCUGCGCUGCGAAUAUUUCUUAAAUUACUUCAGUUGAUCAAGAGAUAUUUGGCUUUCUUUCUUGUAAAUUUGACUACCAUAGAUUUUAAUGCUAGUCAAUUCCUUUAACUUAUUAGCAUCUAAUUGUAUGGGACAGAACGUGGUUUUGAUGUUAUUUAGAGAAUCGUAUAUGUCUUCUAACUGAUAAGACAGUUUCUUCUUGUUGAAAUGUUACAUUGCAUAUAAGGUCAAUCAAGGUUUUCAUUGCAGAUUUAUUCAAAGGAAAAUGCUUCACAAGUAAUAGUACUACCUACUACUUCACUGGCUUAGUGGCUCAAAAAGGAAAUUGGCCUCUGAUAAGCACCACUCAGUCUCAUUCUGCGCCACUUCCCGCCAGUUGGGCAAUACGAGGACGAACAGGUAUUCGGGCUUCGUCCCUUCAGCAGUACCUGGGACACCCAGAUGGACGUUCUCCACCCGGGUGCCGUACACAUGCUCUUCUCACAGCUCCAUCCUCUCCCACCCAAUCCAGAUUACCACGCCAGCGAAUUUAUUUUGCUUUAAUCUCGCCAAUUUUAAUGGGUGCCGCAACCAGUUUCUUUAGCUCCCUAUUUUAAAUGCAAAACCUUUUAUCAUAUUUGCUAAACUACCUUCAUCUCGUUCGGCAGUUUAAUACUAACCGAAGUCCUCCUCCACUGGGUCCAUACAAAAGUUUUGCUUUUGCCAACAAUUUUAGUUUUAUUCGCAUUUUAUUACAAAUAUAUUCGGACGCUCCCGAUAAUGAAAGUGCAGCGCAUUUAACAGGAACACGGUACUCAACAUUACUUUUAUGGAGCUGAGGCGAUAUGCAUAAGAUUGUCCCCAAAUAUUAAAACAAUGAAGAAGUAGUUUAGUACUUAGAUGGUUGGCAGUCCUCAACUGUGCGUUUUUCGAGGAACUUUCUGCCUCGCACUGCUAAACUGUGGAAUGAACUGUCGCCUGCGGUAUUUCCGGACCGAUACGACCUUCAAACCUUCAAGAAAAGAGCGUACUCCCAUCUUAAAUGCCGGCAACGCACUUACAACCCCUCUGGUGUUGCAGGUGUAAACUGGAUACUUACGCGUGAAAUGUUAUAUCAGGCGGUUUGUUUUUAUUCACUGAUGUGUUGUGACACUAAUUCACCGCACAAACAACCAUCUUUCUUGUAUUUUUUAAUUUAUAACCGGGAAGUGUACAUAAACCAACUCGACCUUGAGUACUGCGAGGGCCGUUCGGAUACGAUGACACGAGGGCGACAUAAUGUCGUAGGUACUCGAAAUGGCUUCACUAGGGAUGUACAGACUAGGCAUCUAGGCUAGUUAUAAAUCUAUGGUAUGUGAACACUGAACAUAAACUAACUGUGUAGGUAAUAAAACCUUGUGUUUUUGAUUGAAUGCUCUGAUAUAUGAUUUCUUCAAUUAUAAAUGCUAUUUCUUUCACAAAACCAUGUAUCUACAACAGUGGCAUUCUAUACAGUAAUUUAUUUUUACCUCGUUUUAAGAGUAUUUGAAUGAUGUCAAAUGCAAUAUUAUUUUUGUUAUUGAUCGCCAGUUGUGAACUAUUUCAUCAAGCAACCUGCCCAUCAGUACGAGGACAUAAAUGCGGACUGAGUAGCCACAGGAAAUCAGACAACACUAGAAGAACAAAUAAACAGUUCACCAAAUAUCAGGAUUACAGACGACAACGCAUGUCACCUUAUAAAGCUCCAUGGAAAGUACUAAAUCCUGAAGAGUUAUGGCACCUCCGUCCCACGAAACCGAGUUCGCGAAUAUACUGGAACCGGACCAACGAGCGAUGUGAUUACAUUAGACUGCGAUGCCUGAAGGCAUACACGACAGGUGCGGUCUGCGCUCGCAAUAUAGACUAUUUAUACAUGAGCUUCAAUAGCUACUGCGCCAUGGAUUUCCACAAUUGUGUCGCCAAAUUGGACGAUGUUUGGUCAAUUGCCUACAUGGGAUACUGUACGCCACUCGAAGUUGACAAGGGACUUUAUGUUGACAUGAACUACGACCAAAUGUCCAACAACUCCAAGCUAAAGCAGAUGUACAUAGCAGAUCUAGGUGACGAAACCGAAUUCGAAGCCUAUGCCACUUACGCCCCCGUGGAAUCUACCACAGUCGAAUACGAGGCCCAUAAUGUCACUGAUGAAAAUGGUAUCGAAGUAACAGACGAAGAAGGGAAUUUCGUAACACAUUUGGUACCAGUUACGAAAUCUUUCUUAAGCGAGUCCCAUAACGUCACUGAUGAAAAUGGUACCCUAGUGACUGACAAGGAAGGUAAUUUCGUAACACAAUGGGUAGAAAUGACCCCACCUUUUUCAUACGAGCUCCAUAAUGUGACUGAUGAAAACGGUACCGAAGUAACAGAUGAAGAAGGUAAAUUGGCAACACAAUGGGUAAGAGUUACGGCACCUCAUCAACCACAACAACAACAUAUCGAAGUAACAGACGGAGAAGGUAAUACCGCGACACCUUAAUAAUUAAACGAACUUAGAUACCUGAACUGAAGUUCUAUCAUAAUUAUACGAAGCGCCUUGUCAGAAGAGAUUAGUAGCUGAAGAUAUAUAUUCAUGUAGUUACGCUGGUAGGUGUCACCACUCUGCACUUAGUUUGGAGUUAUUUUGAAAUUUUUAUUUUUUAUAAGUGUUUUUUUUUUAAUAAGUGGGUAUGCCUAGAUUCCACUUCCUGGUCGCCAUCGCUCCGUUCGGUUAAGUUGAAAGAAAUAUGUUACAUAUAUAUGAUAAUAUGAGUAUUCAUGAUUGAUUGAUGUAUUUUAUAUCAGAUAGUAAGAGGAUGAGCCAAUUGAUGGGGGGGGGAGGGAGCUAUGUUACUUUACUAAUUUAACUAAUUAUGAUAGAACUUCACUUCAGGUACUUCGUUUAAUCAUUAAUUAUGUAUCGCGCCUCGUUCUCGAGAUUAGUAACUGAAGAUAUACAUGUACUGAAGAUAUACAUGUAGACUUUGAGAGUAAUAUUUCCCGAAAAAUCAUCAAUCAAUUUCGAUAUACGUAUAUUAUUAUAUAGUAUUAAUUGUCUAAUAUUAUAUUUAAUAUUAGACAAUUUAUACUAUAUUAUAAACCUCUCAGCCCUGAAAAAAGAAUCAUCUUAUUUAUAUGAUAUCAAAAUAGACUAGACAGAUUUGUAGAUAUGUUAAGUAAUAUACGAAAAAACAACGUUUUCUUAAAUCAGCAAAAAUCCGAACUGCACAACCCCCACCCUCGAGGACUUUUAGUAUGUUCAGAUGGACACCACACGGUAUAAUUAUUGUACCAAUUUACAAAACUACACGAAUUAUUUCCCCUGAUUGCCCAUAUUCGGGUUAAUUUUCUUAGGUUAUCACGAGUGUUUUAUUUCCUGUUUUGUUUUCAUUUCUGUACAAUAAAGAGUUUUACUACUACUAGAACAUGCCUGUCCAGUAGGACUAAUUGUAAGAUGAUCGGCUCUUUAUCAUUUGCCUGGCUGUCUCAUUCCAACAAGUAUGUAAGCGCGAAUGUGACGGGCAUAAUGACACCUACCGGCGUAACUACAUGUAUAUACAUAUAUCUUCAGUUAUUAAUCUCGAGGACGAGGCGAAGUAUAAUAACUAUUAAAUGUACUUCUACUUCUGAAGCGAGACCGUAGCGACUGCUACACCUGUCUGAUUUACAAUUAAAUAACUAGCUUAUAAUGAAAA